AUGUCCACUCCGACCUCAGAACCCCAUAUCCCUCGCCCCCUCAACGCUUUCUUCAUUUAUCGCCGCGACGUCAACAAAAAGAUGAAGGUGACGAGCAAGCAAUCCCACCAGCAGGCGGACGUGUCCAAAGCAGUCGCCCAGCAGUGGCAGGAUGAGCCCCCGGAGGUGCGGAUGGAGUACCAGCAGCGCGCCAAAGAGGCGCAGGAGGAGCACCAGCGGAUGUACCCCAACUAUCGCUACAACCCCGGGCAGAAGAAG